CUCGGAAUGAAACGCUUCUCUUAACUCCCAUUUAAGCUCUCAUUUGCCCCCAGUUCAAAUACGAUACAUACCUACCCUCCAAAGAGAAGGCCUUAUUCCCGGGUUAGGAUUGUAUUGUAUUGGAUUGUCCAUUUUGGAUCUGCGUAAUCAUAAAUCUUUUUUAGUCUUUUUCUAAAUCAUUCGUGAGGGUUUCUUUGCUCGAUCGAAGUAAGAAAAUCCAUGGCUGCCACUGCGGAGAGUGCUCCAGUUACCCUCCCUGUCCCUGACCCUGCUCCUGUAACAGAAGAAGUUGUUGUUGUUGAGGCCGCUGUGACGGAGGAACCAGCUGAGGAGGUGAAAACUGCAGUGGCGGCUGAGGCUCCUAAAGAUACUAGUUUACAGUUUGCUUCGUUCAAGGAGGAGAGCAACUUUGUGGCCGAUUUGAAGGAGCCUGAGAAGAAAGCCCUGCAGGAACUGAAAGUCCGGGUGGAGGAAGCCAUUAAAAACAAUGAAUUUGUUGAGCCUCCUCCAAAGGAAGAAACGGCGGCCGAGAGUAAAGGUGAAGCCGCCGAGGAGCCCAAGGAAGAAGUGAAGAUCGUGACUGCUGAAACAUCUGUUGCAGAGGAGGUUUCUGAAACGAAAGUUUCAGCCGAGACGGAGAUCCCCCCUGCUCCUGAGGCACCCGCCGCGGCCGUGGAGACCGAAGAGCCAAAGCCGGCUGUGGAGGUCGCAGAAGUAAAGAUAGCAGAGGCGGAGGAAGAAGUAAAGCCGGCCGAAGCGGGGGAGGAAGUUAGGCCGGCCGAGGCAGGGGAGGAAGUAAAGCCUGUGCCUGAGGCAGGUGAUGAAGUAAAGCCUGUGCCAGAGGGAGAAAUCCCUCCGGCCGAAGUUGAGCCGGCGGCCGAAGAAGCGGUAAUUGCAGAGGAGGUGUACCUUUGGGGCGUUCCUUUGCUGCCGAGCAAAGGCGAUGAGCGCACCGAUGUGGUACUUCUGAAAUUUCUCCGUGCUAGGGAUUUCAAGGUCUCGGAUGCCUUCACCAUGCUGAAGAACACUAUCCUCUGGCGCAAAAAGUUCGGGGCGGAUUCCAUUUUGGAAGAGGAGUUUGGCAACGAAUUGGACGGUGUGGCUUACAUGCAUGGAUUCGACAAAGAAGGGCACCCUGUGUGCUACAAUUUCUAUGGCGUUUUUGAGGACAAGGAGCUUUAUAAUAAGACCUUUGGAGAUGAUGUAAAGCGGGAUAAGUUUCUGCGGUGGAGGGUUCAGUUUCUAGAAAAGGGCAUCCGCCAACUGAGCUUCAGUCCUGGCGGGAUCAAUUCCAUGGUGCAGAUUACGGAUUUCAAGAACUCGCCCGGUCUCGGAAAAUGGGAGCACCGCCAGGCCACAAAGAAAGCCGUUGCCCUCCUGCAGGACAAUUACCCUGAAUUCGUUGCCAAAAAGGUAUUCAUUAAUGUUCCGUGGUGGUACUUGGCAUUGAAUACCAUGAUAUCUCCCUUUGUUACGCAGCGGACAAAGAGCAAAUUUGUGGUCGCCAGGGCCGCCAGGGUGUCGGAGACCCUGUUCAAGUACAUAUCGCCGGAACAUGUACCGGUACAGUAUGGAGGGCUCAGCCGAGAAAAUGAUGAGGAAUUUAACGCUGCCGACGGCGGCGUUUCAGAGCAGAUCGUUAAAGCAGGAACCAAGCACAUUGUCGAGAUUCCAACCACCGAGGUGGGAAGCACAUUGGUUUGGGAUUUGGUCGUAUCUGGCUGGGAGGUGAGCUAUGGAGCAGAGUUUGUUCCCAGCGCAGAAUCUGGUUACACUGUAAUCAUUCAGAAGGCCCGGAAAUUUGCCCCCAAUGAAGAGCCCGUCCGACAGUCGUUUAAAAUUGGAGAGCCCGGGAAGGUAGCCCUCACUGUCGACAACACUUCCUCUAAGAGAAAGAAGAUUCUUUACAGAUCGAAAGUGAAAACUGCCUAAAAAUUGUUACAAUUUCUUCUGGUCUGUAACAAAAGAAAACAAAAAAAAUCGCAUGGCCUGUGUCAAUCGCAGAAAUUACAGUGCCAAUGUGGGGUCUUUCUGAAGCAUCAUUUGAAUUCAGUGGCUGCUUGUUCCGAUUUUUAGUACGAUAGGUAAUCUGUUGGGCACCUCAUUGGGUGUCAGUAGGUAGCGAUUUUGUAUAGAUUUAAAUUUGGAAUUCUUAUUCGUUUGAUAUCAAGUAAGAUUUGGAGCUGGGAGGCCGUGUAAACUGUCUGUAUAUUGUUCUUUCUUAAUUAAUUUUGCCAGGGAAGAAAAGAUUCAGCAGUAUGUAGAUUGUUAGUACAUAGUUAGGUUUUGAGCCUCUACAAUAAAACCUGUCGGUAGCGCAGUCGCCAUUGGAUUCUCAUUUGUAUCAGGUUAGGUAGCUUCCAACAUUAUUUAAAUUUAUUGGAUUAUUUAAAGGCCGUGUUUGUACAAGCUUUUGAAUUUUAAAUCAUAAAUAAUAAUUUUGUUCUA